UGGCCCUGUGACUGUCGUAUUGAUGUGUAGUUGUCAGAUGUCCGAGCUCCGAGAAAAUACGUGAAUGCAACAAAAGUUCAGUCGACACAGAGUUGAGACAAUUGUGAGCGUGGACGAUUAAAAGGGCAACAUGGACUCUAGUUUCGCUCCAGACCCAGGAGGGGCAGGAACAGCACAAGGUGCCCAAUCAGACCAGAGCACAGAGAAGAUUAUCAGCCGGCAGCUGACAGAGCAGGGCAGGUUUGCUUUUGCUGCCCUGUGCGGUGUCUCCCUGGGUCAGUUAUUUACCGGACCUGAAAACAGUGUGUUUCGGGAGCUCUACUUGCAAGGCUUGGUCCGCUGGCUGGACCUGGAUGAGUCAGUGAUGCCCGUUAUGGGGGCUUUUCUGUCUGGCCUGGGCUUCGAGGGCUCGGACACGUUUCUCUCCAUCUUGCAGGCCGAACAUUUGCUGGUUGCAGGCGCGACCCCCGUCAUACAGAAUUUGGUGUCUUUUUCUGUCAAAGAUGGCCAGUAUGACGCUAGAGCGAGGGUUCUCAUCCGUCACGUCAGCUGUCUGCUACGAGUGUCACCACAGCAGCUGGAGGAGUUUGAAGAAACACUGGGAGAACGACUGAGGGAAGCAGGAGAGGAGAGCGAAGAGGAGUCCUCUCGCCGUCUGAAAAGAGAAAGAGGGCGAAAGUUCCGACGUUACCUCUUGAUUGGAUUAGCCACCGUAGGAGGGGGAACAGUGAUAGGUGUGACAGGUGGGCUGGCUGCACCUCUGGUGGCGGCGGGGGCCGGCGCUGUGCUGGGGGCCGGUGGGGCCGCCGCGCUGGGCUCGGCCGCGGGCAUAGCAAUCAUGGCCUCUCUGUUUGGGGCAGCAGGAGCUGGACUGACUGGAUAUAAGAUGAAUAAGUGCAUUGGGGCCAUAGAGGAAUUUCAGUUUCUGCCACUAAACUCUGGGAAGCAUCUUCAUCUCACCAUUGCAGUGACAGGAUGGCUCUGCAGUGGAAAAUACAAUUCGUUCCAGGCCCCCUGGUGCAGCCUGGGCGAAUGCGGGGAACAGUACUGCCUGGUGUGGGAGUCGCGUUUCCUGAGGGACCUGGGCUCAGCCAUGACCUCUCUGUUGGACGGGUUGGUCAGCAUGGUGGCACAGGAAGCUCUCAAGUACACGGUUCUAUCAGGCAUCCUGACGGCUCUGACGUGGCCUGCUUCUUUGCUGGCAGCUGCCAGUGUCAUUGACAACCCAUGGUCUGUUUGUCUGAACCGCUCGGCUGAAGUGGGGAAACAUCUGGCACAGGUUUUGAGAAGUAGACAGCAGGGGAAGCGUCCUGUGAGUCUCAUAGGUUUCAGUCUUGGGGCCAGAGUCAUCUACUACUGUCUACAGGAACUUGCCAAUGAUCAAGGUAGUGAAGGAGUUGUGGAAGAUGUGGUUCUCCUUGGAGCACCGGUGGAUGGUUCAGAAAAGGCUUGGGAGAGAAUGGCCAAGGUUGUGGCUGGAAAAAUUGUGAACGGAUACUGCAGAGGAGACUGGCUCCUGGGUUUUUUGUACCGGAGUUCAGCUGCACAGCUAUCUGUUGCGGGGCUACAGCCGAUCAGCAUCCAGGAUCGACGAAUUGUCAACGUGGAUCUUUCCUCAGUCGUGAAAGGUCACUUGGACUACAUGCGUCAGAUGGACACCAUCUUGGUGGCAGUAGGCGUUCCUACCAAGGAAGUGCCAGGAGCCAUUUUUGCUCUUCCACAGCCUGUUACUGUUACAAACAUAACAAUGGAUGAAUCUGACCAAAGCCCCAGCGAGCAACAGGUGCCAGAGACACAGAACUCGGCUAUAAAGCAGACGUGCACAGAAGAAAGUGGAAACAUAACUGUGACAGAGGAAACAUGUGAUGGCUGGGACAUCCCUGAUAUUUCAGACCUGCUAGACUCUUUGAAUGAUACAGAAUCUGAGGACCAAAUCACGGAGCGGAACAAUUCACCACCUACUUCUGAGGAGCACGCCACUAAUAAUGACACAGUAUGCAAUGCUGCGGAGGAGGCUGAAGAAGACAGCGAACACAUAUCAUGGAGCUGGGAUGAUACACACUGGAAAGCAGAACACACACGAAUAAAACAAGCAGACUUGUAAAGAGCAUGUUACAGGACCAGCUGCUUCCUUGUAAACUCACAGUUUUUGGAAGAGAAGAUUAGAUCCAUUCUCAAAGCCUGACAUGCCAGAGACUGCUCAAGAGACAAUGGACACAUAUGGCUGCUUGUAACAGUGAAAGCCUCGGAUUUCACUGGUUUAGACACUAAAUGAAGUUUUUAUGUCAUCGUAGUAAUUAUGUAAUGAAUCAGGGUUUGAAUUAAAUACAUCUUUCUAACAAAAUGUAAAUAGUUUAGUAGAUGAUAGUGAUGAAACAGAUGGAUAGUGAUUAAACAAUGAAUAGUAAUUUAUUGUCUAAGCUUGUGAGUUGACCACAUGGCUUGAAAUAUUUCUCGUUUUUCUGGUUUUAAUGGACGCUACAAAUAGGCAGAAUCCACGUUUCCUGUGUCCUCAUUGUCCUCCUGUUGGCUUGGUUGCUAUGGAUGCUAUCAAGGUAAUUUAAUUUCCAUAGGACUGGGGGCAAAUCAGUGAAUGCGUCUUCUUCAAGGCCUUGCUUUUCUCUGUUCCAUCUGUGAAGCUCUGCAUAAUGGAGAGUUGACAUUGCUCCCAUUAUAUACUGGCUCUGCUAACUGGAAAGAGCCGUAACCUUCGUGUUUUUUUUUUAGCCAUGUGCAUACAUCAGUUUCUGAGAAUGUAGCAUAAUAAGCUCACGAUUAUAGAUAGAACAAGUUUAGAUGACUGCAUUAGUGUCCAUAAACAUUUUAAAUAAAAAUUUUUAAAAUGA